UUUACCUUAGAGAUCAUGAUGGACAGUAAAUCUCGUUUUCGAACAGUACCGGGCCCCGUGGAGCUGGUGAAGGCGCUGGCGGUGGACAGCCAGAGCGUGCUGGUGGCGUGGCGGCCGCCCAAGGCUCCCAACGGAGUGAUCACCAAGUACACAGUUCACCUGGACCAGCCCGACCUGCAGCUGGGGGCGGCGACGUCGUGGGCGGUGCCGGGGUCCCGCAGCUCGUCGUGGGAGGGCGGCGGUGGUGUGGGUGGCGGCGAGGGCAGUGGUCGCUCCUGGAUGGUGUCGGGCUCUGAGCGGCAGUACCUGGUGGCCGGGCUGGCGCCGACCACCACCUUCGGGUUCACGGUGAGGGCGUCGACGCUGGUGGGUGAAGGGCCACCCGGCACCCGGGUCACCCAGCGUCCCAGGCCCGACGCCCCGGCCUCUAUCGCCUCCUUCUCCGACAAGACGAUCGCCGUGUGGGGGGAGGAGCUACGCCUGGCCUGUCGUGUUGUGGGCAACCCCACACCCACACGCCUCUGGACCUUCAACGGGAAGCCCCUGGGGGGUAGCCAGACGCGGGUGAAGGAGUACCCGGACGGCAGCGUGCUGGUGACGGACGUCAAGGCUCAGGAUGCCGGCAACUACACCUGCACCACCACCAACCUCCACGGCUCUGAUUCCAUCACCUACGCCGUCACCGUCCAAGUGCCUCCAUCACCUCCUCUUGUGUACGUCUCUGACGUCACCUCCACCACUCUCACAGUCAGGUGGAGGACUACCAACUCUGGCGGAGCGCCUAUACUGGGGUACUACCUCCACGAGAAGCGGGAGUUUGGGGAGUGGCGGCGGGUGGAGGUCCCUGCCCACGCCGACUCCUACACCCUCACGGGCCUUCAGUGUGGCACCCGCUACCAGGUCUACGUCAGCGCCCACAACCACGUCGGCGCCUCCCAGCCCAGCGACCCCAUCCCCACCAAGACCCUCGGCCGAGAGCCCAUCGUGCCAGCUCAGUCCUCUCUUCUGAGAGUCAACGUCACCUCCAUCUCUCUCAACCUGGCUGCCUGGCUCGACGGCGGCUGUCCCAUCACCUCCAUGGUGGUCGAGUACAAGGAGCGGGGACUGACGUCGUGGACUCUGGUCUCCAACCAUGUGCGCUGGGACAACACGACGGAGUUCGUGGUGCUCGACCUGAAGCCCGCCCACCGCUACACCCUCAGAGUCACCGCCCACAACUCUGCCGGGUCCUCGGUCGCCACCUAUCCCUUCACCACACUGACUCACCUGGGAGCCACGUUAUCGCCGGAGCUGAUAGUGCAUGACGCGGUGGGCCUGCCUCCCUGGUACCUGGACUCCCACGUGCUGGUGGCCGUGGUGGUCGCGUGCAUCCUCGUACUCCUCGCCGUCUGCGUCGCCGUCGCCUACACCUGCCGCAGGAGCAGAACCCACACACAGACGUACAAAGAGGUGAACCACAUACACAACGACCUCACCCGUGACUCUGGCCUCACCUCGGAAACUUUGCUGGGGGGCCACAGCUUGGAGAUCCUGGAGGCUUACACGCCCUCCACAUUGCCUCUGGGAUCCUACGAUGAGAUCUCCCCCUACGCCACCUUCAGGAUGCCAGGGGAGACCAAGACGCCGCCGCCUCCGCCCCUCCCCUCGCCCGUGGCGAGCGUGGCGGAGUCGACCUACAGCCGCGUCAAGAGAAAGUGCCCGGCGGUCCCUGACGGAGGCCUGUCUACGCCCUCUCGCAUUGCUCCAACUGAUCACGCUUACGAAAAGGGCAGCAAGGCCGUCAAGGGCAAGGGCGUCUCCAGGUGCCCUUCCGUCAGCGAGAAAGCUGCGAGCAAGGAGGCGAGCGGUUCCUCUGUGACGUCAGUAAGCAGCAACCACGAGGAGCUGGUUCGAGCCUACCACGCCCACGCCCACGGUCAAGACACGCCCACCACGCCCGAGUCAGGACGUAGAAACAAAUGCGGUGUGGUCACCAGCAGUGAGGUCACCACUGAGUCGGACACGACGGCCGAGCCGGACCUGGUCUCAUUCUGUGCCUCCCUCGGCAACUCUCGAGCCCUACGUGUUCCUGCACUCUUCAAGCCUGACGGGGACUACCAGACGGUGGCAGACAUGGUGGGCGGACGGUCCAGAACGGAAUCUACCACCAGCCACGAGGAGAGCUCAGACGAGGCACGAGGAAAGUCCGCGUCCUACCGCCGGUGUCGCCAGGAGCCGCAGCCCAGACAGGGGCACCGACCCUCCCGCGGUGAUCCGGAUUACAGCUACGCUAGACCCGUCAAGAAGCAGGGGCCACCGCCCCCUCCACUAUCAUCUACCGAGAGUAACAGUGCAGAGUACUGUGAUGGGUGGCCCCGUGUUGAGAGCGAGGAGGCCUACAGUCGAAGACACACCCUGGAAUUCUCUGAAGCAGAGUGUGACCAUCCCUCCAGCAAGCAAGGUAUUGAACCACUAGAACAGCUCAUGGUGGACCUGGAGAUGGAGAAGAUUGUACUGGACACCAACAAGACACCAAAGGUAUACACCACCGCCCUUUGACAGCACCAGUAAUCCCUAGUGACUGGCGAGUGGGAUGAUCAAAUGGGAGUCUUGCGAGUGGAGAAAAUCGUGUAACAGUUUGGCAAGUGGAGAAGUCAAGAAAUACUUUAAUGUGCAGAAGAAUCCAGUGACAGUUUAGCAGGUGGGAUGUUUAAAUGACAACGACCUCGCUGGUGGCAAUGCUGUGCAUCAGUUGCCCUAUAACCAUAACACAAACAUACAAUAACUAAAAUAUUCACCCUAAAAUCUGAAAAAGAACCAUCACCUGGAAACUUUCUCAUAAGGAAAUGCAAUUCCAGGAAUAUUUAUAUUUUAAGAGAACAGAUGCUGCUAUGACAGAACUAUCAUAGUUCUAUUACAAUUAAAGAACCAUUUUUAGGGUCAUGUGUUAGUCUCUCUUGUAUUAUUUUGUCAGCGCAAGUUAUAUAUAUAUAUAUA